AUGGCGUCUGACUUGGAACUCGGCGAUAGCCGAGUAGAGUUCAUUGCUGACUAUGUCAUCAAAACACUGAAAGUUAAGCCUGACAAGUUUUCAAAGAUGUACAGUCAAGAGGAAACAAAGUUGAUGAUACUUGAAUUUUUUGAGAAACCGGAGUUCGUUUCUUUGGUGGUUAUUUCAUCAGGCAGCGGCGCUUUGAGUGUCCAGUAUGAAUGGCCAUCAAAUCCCAAAGCAAAGGCAUGCUACUUCGUGAAGAGAGGUCGUGAAAACAUUCAGAAAGACGCAGAUUAUAGGAAAAGUUUCAUCUAUGGUGAUUUGUCUUAUGCACCGUUGGAUCAACUCUCUGCAUUUGUUGACGAGGUGCUAGUUCCUCUGCUAUCAAAUGAUAGGAAUCACGAACAAUGGCCCCAAGUAGUGUCAAACGAUGUUACUCGCCAUGUACACAAUUUGAAAAGCAAUGUGUAUGUGGUUUCUGGACAAGCCAAAGGGAAAACUCUUCUGCCAUUACCAGUUGGUGCAGAAAGAGUGGAACAGGCGGAUGAGGAUAAGGAUUCGUUUGACAGAACUUUGAUACACGCCAUUGAGUCUGUGAUCAUUGAAUGGACUCAUCAGAUCAGAGAUGUACUUAAGAGGGAUUCUGCACAGCCCAUCCUUGAAGGUCUCCAUCCCACACCAUUUGUUGAAAUUGAGUUUUGGAAAAACAAAGCUACCAACUUGGAAUGUAUCUAUGACCAGCUUCGAGAUUCCAAAGUCAGAAAGAUGGCAGAGUUGUUGGAGCGCACUCAAAGUAGUUAUUUUCCUACCUUUAAAGACAUCUUCAGAGAUGUUGUGGCAGCCCUCACCGAAGCCCAAGAUAUUAAUAUGUACAUGACACCACUUCGUCAUCACUUUGAAGACUAUGAACAGGCUGAAUUUGAUGAAAGUAUUCCACUUUUGGCUCCAAUGAUGCAGACUGUUUGUCUGGUGUGGUCUCACUCUCAGUAUUACAAUACACCAGCUAGAAUCAUUGUCCUACUCAAGGAGAUGUGCAACAUGACCAUCAAUAUGGCAUCAAAUUACUUGGAACCAACAGAGAUUUUCAAGGGGGAGCUGGAGGAAACCAUAGAAAAAGUACGCAAAGCUUGUGAUGUUCUUAAUGCAUUCAAGGCCACCUAUGAGGACCACAAGAACAAACUGAAGAGCUACUUUCCAGAGGGAACUGAACCAAGACUAUGGGAAUUCGCUCCAAAACUUGUGUUUGCAAGAUAUGACAAAUUUCUUGAGAGAGUUGAAACUGUGAAGGAGUUGAUGGAGACUGCUCUUGAAUUUAUGAAGCUGGAGAAGAUAGAAUUAGGUGGAAUAAAGGGUAAAAUGCUCAGUCAACAAGUUGUCCAGCUGUUUGAAGAGUUCAAUGCCCAAUACAAGGUGUUUACAGAGAAGAACUAUGACUGUCUGGAUCCAGCAAGCAAUGAGUUCCAAGAUGAUUACAACACUUUUUUGGAGAAGGUUUUUGACUUUGAUAGACGACUUGCUACCAUUAUCUGCCAAGGAUUUGAUGACUGUUCAGGCCUGGAGGCACAAUUUAAGCUUCUGGACAUAAUGGGUAGUCUGUUGGAGAGAGAGAUGAUCAAAAAGGACUUUGAAGAAAAAUAUCCCAUGGUUAUAGCCACAAUGCACAAGGAGCUGGACAAGGUGAAAGUGAUUUAUGACAAACAGAUGGACAUAAAAGACAGUACAGGCAAAGCUGCUAUCCACAAGAAUAUGCCCAAAGUGUCAGGCAGUCUGAGAUGGGCACAGGAGCUUCGUGACAGGAUCAAAAUUCCAAUGGUCAAUUUUAAACAUUUAGAACAUCCAUGUAUGCAGUCUGAAGAUGCGAAGCUGGUCUUCACUAAAUAUGAAGAAAUGCUACAGCUGCUAAGUGGAUGGGAUGAGGACAUCUACAAGGAAUGGGUUGCUGGGGUUGGUGAAGCCUGUUCUUUCAAUCUCAGCCAGUCAUUACUGAUGAGAAAUGAAGAAACUAAGUUGGUUUCUGUAAACUUUGAUCCCCAGCUGACAGCUGUUUUGCGAGAAGUGAAGUAUUUGGAAUCCCAACAAAAAGAGGAAAUUCCUGAUAGUGCCAGUGAAAUAUUCAAAAGGAACGAUACUCUCUGGAAGUUUGUAACUAACUUAGAUCUGACUGUGCACCUGUACAACAAAGUACGUAAGACAGUUCUAGAGGUGGAGUUCCCCUUAAUAGAGAGCCAGCUCCAGGACAUUGAUCAGGAACUUAAACAGGCUGAACAGACCCUGAACUGGAAUGGGGAAGGUGUAUGGGAGUACAUUGAGAAGACACGUGACCAUGUGAUUGACUUAGAAUCUAGAGUACAAAAAGCUAAAGAUAAUGUGGAGGAGAUUAAAAAGUUAAUGAACACUUGGAGCAAACUGCCUCUGUUUGAGAGAAAAGAAGACAAGCAUGAGACUCUGCUCAAUUUGGAGGACAGAAAAGAUCGUAUCAACAAGCGAUACACAGAGAUUAAAAAUGUUGGAAACAAAAUACAUGAACUUCUAAAGCAAAAUCUGGAGUUUUUCAAAGCAGAUGCAUCUUCAGAUAUCUGGAAAGCUUAUGUUGACUAUGUGGAUGAAAUGAUUGUGGAUGGAUUUUAUGCCACCAUUCACUGCAGUGUAAAGUUUAUGUUGGAUAAUACAGACAGCAAAAACAACCCUGACUCUCUGUUUGAGGCCAUGCUGGAACUGCAGGCCCCCGAGAUGGUCUUCCAGCCUUCAUUGGACUAUGGUGUGGCAGAUGGUUUCUAUGACCUUGUUGAUGGUCUAAUUGGAGAUAUCUACAAACAGGCAUCUCUCAUACCCCGUCUGGCUGCUCACAGUGGACAGGAACACUACCAGCCUGAUCUAGAGGACAUGGAGGAGCUGUCAGAAAUGCGUCAGGAAUUGAUGGACCGCAUAACAAACAUUAUGAACAAAGCCUGUGAGUACAGGAAUUCCUUUGACAACUACUCCUAUCUUUGGACGGAUGACAGAAAUGAGUUCAUGCGUCAGUUUCUUUUAUACAACCAUGUCCUUACUACAGAAGAAAUUGAAGCUCAUGCUGAAUUAGGUGUACCAGAAUGUCCUCCAACUCUCAAGCAAUUUAAAGAACAGAUUGAUACAUAUGAGAAGAUAUAUGAAGAGGCUGAGACAGUAGAACCAAUAAUGAUAUUUGAAACAUGGUUUAGAGUCAACUCAAAGCCAUUCAAACAGGCUCUACUCAACACAAUCAAGAGAUGGAGCUUCAUGUUCAAACAGCACCUCAUUGACCAUGUGACCAAUAGCUUGCGUGAGCUGGGUGAUUUCAUCAAGACAACAGAUACAGGCUUGACAAAGCCUGUGGAGGAAGGAGAUUACAACGGUCUGGUUGAGUGUAUGGGCUACUUGUUUGCUGUGAAGGAGCGCCAAGCCACUACAGAUGAAAUGUUUGAACCUCUGAAGCAGACCAUUGAACUUCUCAAGACAUAUGAGCAAGAAAUGCCCGAAGAAGUUCAUAUACAACUCCAGGAAUUGCCAGAACAGUGGAACAACACAAAAAAGAUCGGCAUCACUGUUAAACAACAGGUGGCACCAUUACAAGCCACAGAAGUGGCCAACAUUCGUAGGAAAACUGCAACAUUUGAUGUGAACCAGCACAAGUUCAGAGAAAAGUUCCGUUCCAUACCACCAUUUAGAUAUGACUGUGAAAAGGCGUACCAACACAUAGAUAAAUACCAUGAGGAGAUCGCUGCCAUGGAAAAAAAUAUGAGUGACUUGUUGGACUCUGCUGGGUUAUUUGAAGUAAAUGUACCUGACUUUAAACAACUGAAGCAGUGUCGUAAGGAGAUAAAGCUCCUUAAGACUCUCUGGGAUUACAUUGUGAUGGUUCGCAGUAGUAUUGAUGAUUGGAAGACUACACCCUGGAAGGACAUCAAUGUUGACCAGAUGGACAUGGACAGCAAGAAAUUUGCCAAGGACAUCCGUACUCUAGAUAAGGAAAUGAGGGCUUGGGACUCCUAUCUGGGACUGGAAAAUACAGUCAAGAAUAUGCUGACCUCAUUGAGGGCUGUAAGUGAACUCCAGAACCCAGCAAUCCGAGACAGACAUUGGCAGCAACUUAUGGCAGCAACAAAGGUACGUUUUGUUAUGGAUGAGAGUACCACAUUGGCGGACUUGCUGCUACUUAACUUGCACAACUUUGAGGAUGAAGUACGUGGCAUUGUAGACAAAGCAGUGAAGGAAAUGAGCAUGGAGAAGGUGCUGAAGGAACUUGACACUACCUGGACAACGAUGGAGUUUGACCAUGAGCAACACACACGUACAAAAAUAACUAUGCUCAAGACCAGUGAGGAGCUCAUUGAAACCCUAGAGGACAAUCAGGUACAACUACAAAACAUGUUGUCUUCCAAGUAUAUUGCUCACUUCCUUCAAGAGGUGUCAAGCUGGCAGAAGAAACUGUCAACUGCUGAUCAAGUCAUUUCCAUUUGGAUGGAAGUUCAGCGUACAUGGUCGCAUUUGGAGAGUAUUUUCAUUGGCUCUGAAGAUAUUCGAGCUCAGCUACCAGAAGACUCCAAGAGAUUUGAUGGAAUUGACAAUGAUUUCAAGGAAUUGGUGUCAGAGAUGGAGAAAACAAAGAACGUGGUGGAGGCAACUAACCAGCCGAACCUAUAUGAACGCUUGGAGGCCUUGCAGGGUUCCCUGACUCUAUGUGAAAAGGCUUUGGCUGAGUACUUGGAAACCAAGCGUCUUGCUUUCCCAAGGUUUUACUUUGUCUCCUCUGCAGAUUUGUUAGACAUCCUCUCUAAUGGCAACAAUCCAACAGCAGUACAACGUCAUUUGACCAAGUUAUUUGACAGCAUGGCCAAGCUGAAACUUGUCCAAGAUGAUCAGGGUAAUGAUACUAAGGUAGCCACACUGAUGUGGAGUAAAGAUGGUGAGAGCGUGGAGCUAGAUAAGGAGUGUGACCUCAGUGGACAGGUGGAGGUGUGGUUGAUGAGACUGCUCCAUGCCAUGUGUAGCACAGUGAGACAUGAGAUGACUGAAGCUGUUGGAGGAUAUGAGGAGAAGCCAAGAGAACAAUGGCUGUUUGACUUCCCUGCCCAGGUAGCUUUGUGUGGCACACAGAUUUGGUGGACCACUGAGGUGAACAUUGCCUUUGGAAGACUAGAAGAAGGUUACGAAAAUGCCCUCAAAGACUACAAUAAAAAACAGAUUGCCCAGCUGAACAGCCUCAUCAGUAUGUUGAUUGGUCAGUUGACCAAAGGUGACCGUCAAAAGAUUAUGACCAUUUGUACCAUUGACGUGCAUGCUCGAGAUGUGAUUUCUAAGCUGAUAGCAACCAAAGUUGACAGUGCUCAGGCUUUUGCUUGGCUGUCCCAGCUCCGACACCGAUGGGAUGACAAUGACAAGGACUGUUAUGCAAACAUCUGUGAUGCUCAGUUCCGUUACUCUCAUGAAUACCUGGGCAACACUCCACGACUUGUAAUUACACCUCUGACUGACAGAUGCUACAUAACCCUGACUCAGUCACUACACUUGAUCAUGAGUGGUGCCCCUGCUGGUCCUGCUGGAACAGGGAAGACUGAAACUACCAAAGAUUUGGGCAGAGCUCUUGGUGUAAUGGUGUACGUCUUCAAUUGUUCAGAACAGAUGGACUACAAGUCAAUUGGAAACAUUUACAAAGGACUGGCUCAGUCUGGAGCUUGGGGCUGCUUUGAUGAGUUCAACCGUAUAGCAGUGGAAGUGUUGUCUGUCGUAGCUGUUCAAGUGAAAUGUAUCCAGGAUGCCAUUCGCGACAAAAAACAAAUUUUCAACUUCCUUGGAGAAACCAUCAAGCUUCUACCCACUGUCGGCCUUUUUAUCACCAUGAACCCUGGUUAUGCAGGUCGGACUGAACUCCCAGAAAACCUCAAAGCUCUGUUCAGACCAUGUGCUAUGGUGGUGCCAGAUUUUGAGCUCAUUUGUGAAAUCAUGUUGGUGGCUGAAGGCUUCCUGGAAGCUCGUCUUUUAGCCAGAAAAUUCAUCACUUUGUACAGCUUGUGUAAGGAACUGCUAUCCAAACAGGACCACUAUGAUUGGGGACUUCGUGCCAUCAAGUCUGUCCUUGUAGUAGCUGGCUCCCUAAAGAGGAGUGACCCUGACCGUCCUGAAGAUCAGGUGUUGAUGAGAGCAUUGCGGGAUUUCAACAUUCCCAAAAUUGUCUCAGAUGAUUUGCCAAUCUUCAUGGGUCUCAUUGGAGAUUUGUUCCCAGCACUCAAUGUGCCACGAAAGCGUGACCUUGACCUUGAAAAAUUAAUAAAAACAGCCACUCUUGACCAGAAACUUCAACCAGAGGACAACUUCAUUCUCAAGUGUGUUCAGCUUCAAGAGUUGUUUGAGGUACGUCAUUCAGUGUUCUGCCUUGGAAAUGCCGGGGUAGGAAAAAGUAAAGUGUGGGGUACACUCAUCAGGACAUAUAGAAACCAGGGCAAAAAGCCUUUGGCCAUUGAUCUGGAUCCCAAGGCAGUCACAAACAAUGAAUUGUUUGGCAUCAUUAACCCAGCCACCAGAGAGUGGAAGGAUGGUCUAUUUUCUGUGAUCAUGCGUGACCUUGCCAACAUGACUGGGGAUGGACCCAAGUGGAUUGUCCUCGACGGAGAUAUUGAUCCCAUGUGGAUUGAAUCCCUUAACACUGUCAUGGAUGACAACAAGGUGUUAACCCUGGCCAGUAAUGAGCGGAUCCCUCUCACCAACUCUAUGAGACUGCUGUUUGAAAUCUCCCAUUUGAGGACUGCCACUCCAGCUACUGUGUCUAGGGCUGGUAUUCUCUUUAUCAACCCUGCCGAUCUUGGCUGGAAUCCGUAUGUACAGAGCUGGAUAGACACACGUGAGGUACAGUCAGAGAAAGCUAACUUGUCCAUUCUCUUUGAAAAGUAUAUACCGUUAUGCCUGGACACUAUGCGCUUCCGCUUCAAGAAGAUCACUCCAGUGGCUGAAGUGUGCCAGAUCCAGAUGUUGUGCUACUUAUUGGAAUGCUUCCUCACUCCAGAGAACACUCCUCCAGACUGUCCCAAGGAACUGUAUGAACUGUACUUUGUGUUUGCAUGUGUGUGGGCAUUCGGCGGAGUAACCUUCCAAGAUCAGCUUGUCGACUAUCGAGUUGAAUUUACUAAGUGGUGGACAACAGAAUUCAAGACUGUGAAAUUCCCAAUCCAAGGCACAGUGUUUGACUACUACAUUGACAAUGAAUCAAAGAAGUUUGAGCCCUGGACUAAACUUGUACAAAAGUUUGAACUUGAUCCAGACGUACCAUUGCAGGCUGCAUUGGUGCAUACCUCAGAGACAACCAGGAUCAAGUUCUUCCUUGACAUGUUGAUAGACAGGAGACGACCUGUCAUGUUGGUAGGAAAUGCUGGAACAGGCAAAACCGUGCUCAUGUCUGACAAGCUAAACAAUGCCUCUGAAGAGUACAUGGUUGCAAAUGUGCCCUUCAAUUUCUAUACCACUUCUGAGAUGUUGCAGUCAAUCCUUGAGAAGCCACUAGAGAAAAAAGCUGGGCGAAACUUUGGACCUCCAGGCACACGCAAGCUCAUCUACUUUGUAGAUGACAUGAACAUGCCAGAGGUGGACAAGUACUUCACUGUACAGCCCCACACACUGAUGAGGCAACACAUCGAUCACAGCCAUUGGUAUGACAGGACUAAACUGACACUGAAGGACAUCCACAACACCCAAUAUGUUGGCUGUAUGAAUCCCACUGCGGGUAGCUUUACCAUUGACUCUCGUCUACAGAGACAUUUCUGUGUGUUUGCGAUGAAUUUCCCGAAUGGGGAAGCCUUGACCACUAUCUACACUAGCAUCUUGUCCCAGCACUUGGCUCAGAACAGCUUCGCUCAGGCAGUGCAGAAGUAUGUCCCUGCAAUUAUUACUGGUGCCCUAGCUCUCCACGCCAAAGUCACCAGCACCUUCUUGCCCACUGCCAUCAAGUUCCACUAUGUCUUCAAUCUCAGAGACUUGUCCAAUAUUUUCCAGGGUCUUCUGUUUGCUUUGCCUGAAUGUGCAAAAACACCGGUGGAAUUGGUCCGGCUGUGGCUUCAUGAAGCAGAAAGAGUAUACAAAGAUAAACUUGUUGACCAGGCUGACCUAGAAGGAUAUGACAAAGUUGUCAAAGACAUUAUCAAAAAGAACUUUGAGGAUGUUGAUGAGGCAGUUCUGUACAAAGAACCGUUGAUGUACUGUCACUUCUCACAAGGUGUUGGAGAUCCAAAGUACAACCCAGUUACAUCUUGGGAAGAUCUGAACAAAAUCUUAGUGGAAGCUCUGGAAAACUAUAAUGAAUUGAAUGCUGCAAUGAAUCUGGUUCUGUUUGAGGAUGCUAUGAUGCACGUGUGCAGGAUCAAUCGUAUUCUGGAAUCACCAAGAGGAAACGCUCUCCUGAUUGGUGUGGGUGGCAGUGGAAAGCAAAGUCUUUCCCGACUUGCUGCUUCUAUCAGCAGUCUGGAUGUAUACCAGAUCACACUGAGGAAAGGAUACAGCAUUGCUGACUUAAAACUUGAAUUGUCCACUCUAUAUCUGAAGGCUGGACUUAAAAAUAUGGGCAUAGUAUUCCUCAUGACUGAUGCUCAAGUGGCAGAUGAAAGAUUCCUUGUACUCAUUAAUGAUUUGUUGGCUUCUGGAGAAAUUGCUGACUUAUUCCCAGAUGACGAGUUGGAGAACAUCAUCAAUGGCAUCAGAAAUGAAGUGAAAGGUGUAGGACUGGAGGACAGUAGAGAAAACUGCUGGAAGUUCUUCAUUGACAAAGUCAGGAGGUUGUUGAAGGUAGUACUGUGUUUUUCUCCUGUUGGCUCUACUCUCCGUGUCAGAGGAAGGAAAUUUCCAGCUGUCACCAACUGUACCUGUAUUGACUGGUUUCACGAAUGGCCCGAAACUGCUCUUAUCUCUGUGUCUAGUAGGUUCCUGGAAGAAAUUGAGCUACUUAGUUCGGACAUGAGAGAAUCCAUAUCAAGAUUCAUGGCCUUUGUGCAUCAGUCUGUCAAUGAAACCAGCCACAAAUAUCUGAUCAAUGAGAAACGAUACAACUACACAACACCAAAGAGUUUCUUGGAGCAGAUCAAGCUGUAUGACAACCUUUUGAACAAGAAGAACGUGGAGUUGCAGGCUAAGAUUGUUCGGUUAGAGAAUGGUUUAGAGAAGUUGAGAAGUACAGCUACACAGGUGGCUGAUUUGAAAUCAAAGUUGGCAUCACAGGAGGUAGAACUGGCCCAAAAGAAUGAGGAUGCCAACAAGCUGAUUACAGUGGUCGGUGCAGAGACAGAGAAGGUAUCCAAAGAAAAAGCAAUCGCUGAUGAAGAGGAGAAAAAAGUGUCUGUAAUCAAUGAAGAAGUUGGUAAAAAGCAGGUGGAUUGUGAGCGUGAUCUUGCAAAAGCUUUGCCUGCCCUGGAGGCUGCCAAAGAAGCAUUGAACACUCUGAACAAGACGAAUUUGACUGAAUUGAAGUCUUUUGGUAGCCCCCCUCCCUCUGUUAUCAAUGUCACUGCUGCUGUCAUGGUUCUGUUAUCACCAGGCAACAAAAUUCCUAAAGACAGAAGCUGGAAGGCUGCUAAGACCCAAAUGAUGGGAAAGGUAGAUCAGUUCCUUGACAACUUGGUCAACUAUGACAAAGACAACAUCCAUGAGAACUGCCUAAAGGCAGUGGAUCCAUACCUGAAGGAUCCUGAAUUUGAUCCUGAGUUUAUCAAGGCAAAAUCUGCUGCUGCUGCUGGGCUGUGUUCCUGGGCAGUAAACAUUGUUAUGUAUUACAAUGUAUUUUGUACUGUAGAACCAAAGAGGCUUGCCUUACAGCAAGCAAAUGCUGAACUGUCUGCUGCCAGAGAAAAGCUGAGGGUCAUUACCAACAAGAUUCAACAGCUAGAGGCUGAUUUGGGCAAGCUAACAGCAGAGUUUGAACGUGCCACAUCUGAGAAGUUGAAGUGUCAACAAGAAGCAGAGAUGACAGCAAAGACUAUUGAAUUAGCUAAUCGUCUUGUUGGUGGUUUAGCUUCAGAAAAUGUACGUUGGGCUGAUGCCAUUGGAGACUUCAGAGAGCAAGAGAAGACCCUUGCUGGAGAUGUAUUAUUGAUCACUGCUUUUGUGUCGUAUUCAGGCUGCUUUACCAAACUCUACCGUGUGGAUAUGAUGGAUAACCACUGGCUGCCAUAUUUGAAUGCACUGAAAGUCCCUAUUCCUGUCUCAGAAGGAUUAGAUCCAUUGACACUUUUGACAGAUGAUGCUCAGAUUGCCUCAUGGAACAAUGAAGGUCUUCCCAGUGAUAAGAUGUCUACAGAAAAUGCCACUAUAUUGUCGAACUGUGAACGUUGGCCCCUGAUGAUAGAUCCCCAACUACAGGGUAUCAAGUGGAUCAAAACAAAGUAUGGAGCUGACCUGAAAAUAGUUCAGCUAGGACAGAAGGGAUAUUUGGAUGCCCUAGAACGGGCAGUGUCCUCAGGAGAUGUGGUGUUGAUUGAGAACUUGGGAGAAUAUGUAGAUCCUGUCCUUGAUCCUCUUAUUGGCCGCAACACCAUCAAAAAAGGACGAGCCAUCAAGAUGGGAGACAAGGAGGUGGAGUAUCACAAAGACUUUCGUCUAAUUCUCCAGACUAAGCUGGCCAAUCCUCAUUACCAGCCAGAGAUGCAAGCUCAGGCAACUCUCAUCAACUUUACUGUGACUAAGGAUGGUCUUGAAGAUCAGUUGCUGGCUGCAGUGGUCAGCAAGGAAAGACCUGACCUUGAGAAACUGAAAGCAGACCUCACUCGCCAACAAAAUCAGUUCAAGAUCACCCUGAAGGAGUUAGAAGAUUCACUCCUUGCACGAUUGUCUGCUGCUGAAGGUAACUUUUUGGGAGAUUAUGCACUGGUAGAAAAUCUGGAGACAACAAAGAGAACUGCAGCAGAGAUUGAAGUUAAGGCUGAGGAGGCUAAGAAGACAGAAAUCGAAAUCAACAUUGCCCGUGAAAUCUACAGACCAGCAGCUGCCCGUGCCUCACUGCUCUAUUUCAUCCUCAAUGACCUACACAAGAUUCACCCUAUGUAUCAAUUCUCUCUCAAGGCAUUCACUGUGGUGUUUGAGAAGGCCAUAGAUAAAGCUGAAGUAGCAGAGGAAGUGAAGGCAAGAGUGAAUAACUUGAUUGACUGUAUAACCUACUCUGUGUUCAUGUAUACAGCCAGAGGUCUGUUUGAGAGGGACAAAAUCAUCUUCACUUCCCAAAUGGCAUUCCAGAUCCUUUCAACUAAUAAGGAACUGAAUCCCGUAGAACUGGAUUUCCUCCUACGUUUCCCUGCUGUGCCUAACGUUAUUUCCCCAGUUGACUUCAUGAACAACAACAGCUGGGGAGGGAUCAAGGCUAUGGCAAAUAUGGAUGAGUUCAGGAACUUGGACAGGGACAUAGAAGGGUCUGCCAAACGAUGGAAAAAGUUUGUUGAGAGUGAGUGUCCUGAAAAGGAGAAGUUCCCGCAGGAGUGGAAGAACAAGACAUCACUACAGAAACUGUGUAUGAUGCGUGCCCUCCGUCCAGACAGAAUGACAUAUGCUGUCAAGAAUUUUGUGGAAGAAAAGAUGGGUACUAAAUAUGUUGAGGGCAGAUCUGUGGACUUCGCUACAUCUUACGAGGAAACCGAUCCUGCCACCCCAAUCUUUUUCAUUCUGUCUCCAGGAGUUAACCCUCUUAAGGAUGUUGAAGCUCAUGGAAAGAAAAUUGGAUUUACUGAAGACAACAAUAACUUCCAUAACAUCUCCCUGGGGCAAGGACAGGAGGUGGUAGCAGAACAGGCCAUGGAUUUGUCAGCAAAGGAAGGACACUGGGUUGUCUUACAGAAUGUUCACUUGGUGGCAAAAUGGCUGGCAACGUUGGAAAAGAAAAUGGAAAUUUACAGUCAGGAGAGUCAUGAAAACUACAGAUUGUACAUCAGUGCUGAGCCAGCAGGUUCACCAGAAUACCAUAUCAUUCCUCAGGGAAUCCUGGAAUCUGCAAUAAAAAUUACAAAUGAACCUCCAACAGGAAUGUUUGCCAAUCUACACAAGGCUUUAGAUAACUUUAACCAGGACACCAUGGAAAUGUGUGCAAGAGAGACAGAGUUCAAAAGUAUCCUUUUCUCACUGUGUUACUUCCACGCAGUGGUGUGUGAGAGGCGUAAGUUUGGGCCUCAGGGCUGGAACAGAGUUUAUCCCUAUAACACUGGAGAUCUUACCAUUAGUGCCAUGGUACUGUACAACUACCUGGAAGCCAAUGCCAAGGUGCCAUGGGAGGAUCUACGCUAUCUCUUUGGUGAGAUCAUGUACGGAGGACACAUCACAGAUGACUGGGACAGGCGACUUUGUAGGACAUAUCUGGAGGUCUACAUGCAUCCUGAAAUGUUGGAUGGUGAACUAUACCUUGCUCCAGGUUUCCCUAUUCCUCCAAACUCAGAUUACAAGGGCUACCAUGCCUACAUUAAUGAGUGUCUUCCUCCAGAAAGCCCAUACCUUUAUGGCCUCCAUCCCAAUGCAGAGAUUGAAUUUUUGACAACAACAUCAGAGACUUUGUUCAGAACAGUGUUUGAAAUGCAGCCUCGUGAGGCAGGAGCAGGAACUGGUGCUGGUAUCAGUAGGGAGGAGAAGAUUAAAUCCAUCCUUGACGAGAUUAUGGAGAAGCUUCCUGAAGAGUUCAACCUUGUCGAAAUCCAAGCCAAAGUACCACCAGAUGAGAGGACCCCAUAUGUUUUGGUGGCAUUCCAGGAAUGUGAGCGUAUGAAUUCACUGACAAAUGAAAUAAGAAGAUCAUUGAAAGAGCUGGAUCUUGGUCUGAAGGGAGAACUGACAAUUACUGCCGAUAUGGAGACCCUUGGAAAUUCCAUGUUCUUGGAUGUUGUACCAGCAAGUUGGACAAAGAGAGCUUAUCCUUCCCUGUUUGGCCUUACUGCUUGGUAUGCUGAUCUUCUGCUUCGUAUCAAGGAGUUAGAAACUUGGACAUCUGACUUCCAGCUUCCUGCUGCAGUAUGGUUGGGUGGGUUCUUCAAUCCACAGUCCUUCCUUACUGCCAUUAUGCAGCAGAUGGCACGUAAGAAUGAGUGGCCCCUUGAUAGAAUGGCACUACAGUGUGAUGUGACCAAGAAGAAUAGAGAGGACAUGGCUGGCCCACCACGAGAGGGUGCAUAUGUCCAUGGCCUUUUCAUGGAAGGUGCUCGCUGGGACAUGCAGACAGGCAUGAUCAACGAAGCCAGACUGAAGGAAUUGGCUCCACCAAUGCCAGUCAUCUUCAUCAAAGCCAUACCAGUAGACCGUAUGGACAUGAAGAACAUCUACGAGUGUCCAGUGUACAAGACAAAGAGUCGUGGUCCAACAUUUGUCUGGACAUUCAACCUGAAGAGCAAGGAGAAGCAGAGCAAGUGGACCCUCGGUGGGGUAGCAUUGCUACUGCAGGUUUAGGCUUGGACUAUAAGUGGAUUUUCUUACAUUCCCAAAUGCAUGGAUUUUUUUUGUUUUUGUUUUUUUUGAAAAUGAUAAAGACUUUACAGUUUACAUUUGCAUUAUUUAAAAAAAUAUUAAUUUUGUGUUGCAGUGUUUAAAUGUUGAGUACCUUUACAUAAUUACACGCUAUGUUUGAAAUUUGCAUGGCAGCAUGUUUUAUCUAGACCUGCAAAAUUUUGAUAGAAAAUGACAAUCGAUAUAGUCUUUUAUACUAAACAUGAGAAUAUUGCUGAAGAGCACUUGUCAGCUGAUAAGGAAAAUGUAUCAACCCAACCUGCAGAAUUUUAUGAACAAAUGAUUAAUCAAUGAAGUCUAUCAUAUUAGAACAAGAGAACAUUGCUGAAGAGACAUAUGGCAUCUGAUGACACAAAGAAAGGACAGAAUUUGAUUCAUCUAUGAUUGUGAUCUAUUCAGUGGAAGUUUUGAUGAAUAGCUUUAAAAGUGUUUUAAUUCAUCAUUUUGUUAAAGAAAUAUUUAUUUUCAUAAUAAAUAUAUUUGCUGAAA